AUGUUGCGGCAACUCGUCUCGGCGCGGUCCCGCGCCCGCGUGCUGCUGGCCGCGCGGAGCUUCGCGUCGGCGCCCACGGACAUUGCCAAGCUGCGCAACAUUGGCAUCCUCGCCCACAUUGACGCCGGGAAGACGACGACGACCGAGCGCAUGCUCUUCUACUCCGUAGGCGCCAUCACGCGCAUGGGCGAGGUCCACGAUGGCGAUACGACCAUGGACUUCAUGCCGCAGGAGCGCGAGCGCGGUAUCACGAUUGGGUCGGCGGCCAUCUCGUUCGACUGGAAGGACCACCGCAUCAACCUCAUCGACACGCCGGGCCAUGUCGACUUUACCAUCGAGGUCGAGCGCGCGGUGCGUGUGCUGGACGGUGCGGUUGCCGUCUUUGACGGUGUCGCCGGCGUCGAAGCCCAAACCGAGACCGUCUGGGAGCAAGCCGACCGGUACAAGGUGCCCCGCAUUGCGUUUGUCAACAAGCUGGACCGCGAAGGCGCGUCGUACGACCGGACGCUGCAGAUGAUUGAGCAGCGAUUCAACGUCGUCGCGCUUCCAAUCCAGAUUCCGAUGGGCGAAAACAGUGAUUUUUACGGCGUCGUCGAUAUCAUCACCAUGGAAAUGCUCACGUGGCACGGCGACGACGGCGAGCAAGUCCGCCGGUACCCGCUUCGAUCCUCGAAAGCCUCGGAUUUUGACGACGUCCUCGGUGACCUCUUCCUUAUGGAAGAGGAAGUCGAUGACGCAACGCUCAAGGCUGCAUUGCGGCGCAUCACGGUGCGCAAGCCCGACGACGCGCCGCGAGCGGUUUUGACCCUCUGCGGCAGUGCGCUCAAAAACAAGGGGGUGCAGCCGCUCUUGGACGCCGUCGUCGACUACUUGCCGUCGCCUGCCGACCCGUCGAGCUCGCCCUUCGAGGCGACGCAGAUCGACAAGAACCACACGGUGCUCAAGACCCUUGAAAAAGAGGCCGACGCUUCGAGCCCGCUCUCGCUCCUCGCUUUCAAGGUCAAGCACGACCGGCAGCGCGGCCCGAUUGUGUUCUUCCGCGUCUACUCGGGCACGCUCAAUGCCAAAGCGCAGCUGCUCAACACGACGCGGAACGCCAAGGAGCGCAUCACGCGCCUCAUGCAGGUGGCGGCCGACGACGCCGACGAAGUCGAGCUCAUCACGGCUGGCAACAUUGGCGCCGCCGUCGGGCUCAAGAACACGUUUACAGGGGAUACGCUGAUUGCGGCCAGCGAUAACACGCGUCUCCUGCUGCCCGGUGUCGAGAUCCCAGCGCCGGUCUUUACGUGCUCGAUCGAGUCGGACUCGCUGAGCCGCCAAAAAGAGCUCGACGAAGCGCUCCAGCAUCUGCAGCGGGAAGACCCGAGCUUUGUGGUGACGCAAGAUGAAGAGACGGGCCAGACCUUGAUGAGCGGCAUGGGCGAGCUGCACAUGGAAAUCCUCCAAGAUCGGCUCAAGACCGAGUACAAGCUCAACCCGUCCGUGGGCAAGAUGCGUGUCGCGUAUCGCGAGUCGAUCUCGGCCACAGUUGACCACGAGUUUCGGUACGAUAUGAUGCUGGGCACCGACCGGCAGUUUGCCAAGGUGUCGUUUACGUUGGCUCCGAUCGACCCCGAGUCGUCCAAGGACGGUUCGAAUCGCAUCAAGUGGAAGAAGUCGGACGCCAAGGACGCGUCGCUCUUCCAAAAGCUGCCCCAUGGCUUUGUCCAAGCGAUCGAAGACGGGUUCCAGAGUGGCUUUGGCCGUGGUCCGCUCACGGGGCACCGCCUGGCAUACCUCGAAAUUACCGUCGACGCGGCCAACUGCGAGUAUGACAACGACUCGUCGGCGCAAGCGUUCCGGUCCUGCGCGUCGCUAGCGCUCAAGGAGGCGAUCGAGCUCGCCAUGCCCGUGCAACUCGAGCCAAUGAUGGCGCUCCUCGUGCGGACGCCGGAUCGGUGCGUUGGUGACAUCCUCUCGGAUUUGAACUCGCAGCGCCGAGCACACAUCCAAGAAGUACGUGUCUACAACAGGUUGGGCUAUGUUCGCAUUGACGCCCACGUGCCGCUGGCCAACAUGGUGGGGUACGCCACGGCGCUGCGCUCCAAGACGCAGGGCGAAGCGGACUUUAGCAUGCAGUUCCUCAAGUACUCGCCCGUGCUGUAA